UUGAUAUCACUGCGAUCAGCUGUGGUUUAAAGUUUUCUCUAAAAAAUAACAAUUAUUCACUGAUACUUAAAAGCGAUAACCGUGAUAAUCGUGGAACAAGCUAUAAAAGGAACGGAAAAUAAUAGUAAUUGUUGUAAUAAUAAUAAAUAAAUUUAUAAAUAGUGUUAAAUAUUAAACAGUUUUUGAAUAUUUAAUAGUGGUCCGUAAUUACAGCAAGCUAUUUUUAUAAUUAAUGCGUCAUUGUUAGUCAUUGUCGCAGUUACACGCAAUAUUUUGUUAUACAUAUUGUAUGUGGAAUAAUCCUUUUAGGAACAUAUGUGCUCCAGGAUUCAAUCAUUUUUAGAUAGUGAAUUCAGUGAUCUUGAUAUACACACACGCAUUAUGAUUGAAGAACUAACUGAAGAGGUACAGCAAUUGUUUCCAAAUGAAACGAAAGUUUUGCCAUCUCUUUUGACUGUAUUGUAUUCGACAGCAAAACUUAAUCAUGCUAAACAGUUGGUAGCAACAAUGAACGACAUACGAAAUCCAGAAUUAAGGGAUUACCUAUUAAAUUUGAAAUUUGAUGAAAUAGAUGGGCAAUCUGUUACACCACUCACAAUGGCAGCUAUGGCUGGUAAUACGAUGUAUGUGAAAACCUUGCUUUCUCACUAUAAUAUUGACUUGGAACGAGAGUGUAAUGUAAUAUUUGACGGACUUGUAGUUUACGGCGCCACUGCUUUAUGGGUGGCUGCAGGAUUGGGCCAUUUACAGGUUGUCAAACUAUUAGUUAAUAAUGGUGCAAAUAUUAAUCACAAUACGAAAGCACAAUCAUCUCCCUUACGAGCUGCAUGUUACGAUGGUCGCUUGGAUAUAGUUAAAUAUUUAAUUGAACAUGGAGCAGAUGUUAAUUUAGGAAACAAAUACAACAACACAUGUAUAAUGAUUGCUGCUUACAAAGGACAUGCGCACGUGGUGGACACGCUAUUAAAAAAUGGUGCUAAUCCGAAUGAGCAAGCUCUUUGUGGAGCAACUGCUUUACAUUAUGCUGCUGAAUGCGGGCAUAUUGAGGUAUGUCGAAUACUGCUUGAUCAUGGAGCUCGUUUACAAGAAAAUGAACAUGGGUUAACACCUGUUUUAAAUGCCGCCGAACGAACUCACGAGGAAGUAGUACAUUUAUUUAUUAAUAGACCUGGACUUAUGAAGAAAGAAGACAUAAUAAUUGCACUCGAAUUAUUAGGUGCGUCGUUUGCGAAUGAUAAAGACAACUAUAGCAUUCAAAAGGCAUAUACGCAUUUAAUGCGAGCAAUGGAAAUGCGAUAUUCAGAUUCGGAAAAGAUAAUAAAAAAAAGAAUUAUCCCGCCUGAAUUAGCUUAUGACAAUUGGCUCGAAACGGAAAAUAUUCCUGAACUUCAAGCAAUAAGGCUAAAUCAUCAUUCAAUACACAUGGAGUCGUUAACUAUAAGAGAGCGUAUACUGGGCAAAAAUAAUCCUGAUUUACCUCAGCCGAUUGUUUAUAGAGGUGCAGUAAUGGCUGAUCAAGGUCGAUUUUCCCAAUGCCAAACGCUAUGGAACUAUGCCAUGGACUUGAGAAUGAUGAAUAAUGUAUCAGUGGAACGUGACUUACUGCGUUUCGCGCAACUUUUUUCACAAAUAUUACGCAUUGAAGACGUACAACUAGAUUUAUCUCAGGUUUUAUCUGUAUUAGUGAAGUGUCAGCUAGAAAUAGAACGAAAUAAAUACAAAAUAGGAAACCCCGGUCCCAAGGAUGUGCCGCAAAUGAUUGCCGAUCAGAAUGAACAAAAUGUAGCAUCUGCCUUGUAUCUUAUAAAAAUUAUAACAAAAGUUUUGGCACAACAGCCUCAAUAUAAUAAAGAACACAUAGAUCUCUUGUACAAUACAAUUAAAAAAUUUAUAAAAUGUGAUACUCGUCUUGCGGAUGGACAAACUUUGCUUCAUAUGGCAGUGAAUGGAGUGACACCUGUUGACGAUUUCUUUACCAGCGAUGUGUGCAAGUUUCCAUGUUUUCGAACUGCACUUCUAUUAGUACACGCUGGAGCAUCUGUCAUUGCGAUGGAUGAGUUGCGCAAUACUCCACUGCAUACUCUAGUUGCGAGUGUAAAUAAAACUAUUCUUUUUUACUUUUAUUACAAUCAUUUUAAUAUGGUUCCUUUACAGUUUCCUCGUGAUAAUCCCCAUUUAUUACCAAAUGCUGAAAAAAUUGUGAAACUAUUAGUCGAUGCAGGAGCUCAUUUGGAUGCCAUUAAUGCACAAGGCUUAACACCUGCUCAAGUUGCUCAUGUUGCUGGUUUAAGAAACAUUAUACUUGGUUAUGAAAAUUCGUUAACAUCAUUAAAAUGCAUUGCAUCCCGCUGUAUUGCUGUUAAUAAAAUAAAAUAUCAAGGUUUAGUUCCCACUGCUCUAGAGUCUUAUAUUCAAAUUCACAGUGCUGAAAAGUUUUUUGCAUAAUACUCAAAAACUUUAAAAUACAUUUUUAGAACUCAAUUGAAAAAACACCGACGUGAUUAAAAUAAAUUCAAAAGGGAGUAACAACAAAUUAGUUAUUUCCCCAAGUAAAAAGUCCAAAUCCUAGUGUUACGCCCUUUUGCAUUUUUGGUGACUAUAUGUUUUUUGUGAGAAUGGUUAAUUUUAUCUAUGUCAUCCAAACGUACAUGAUAUGAAUAUACAUAUGUAUGUAAUUUUAAAAAAAAGUUUAUCUUCCCAUGAGAAACAAUAUAUUUUAUUGUAUGUAUAAAUUUUGUAAAAACAUAAUCCUAGUGUUCACUUCUUUUAAUUGUUUAUAAU